CCGUCGUUCCCUCCUUUGACAGCACUUUCCUCUCUCUCCUCUCUUUCUCUCUCUAUAACAGUGUAUAAAUAUAAAGCGCUUAAGCUUUCCAUUUUCCAAUACAUUCACCGCCUCUUCGAGAAAUUUUGCCUCUGCUUCUCUCUCCUUAGCACGAACGCUUUGCUAACAACUGCACUGCAUUCAUUCACCUUUCUUCUCUCUCUUUCUCUCCCUAGAACUCGCUCUGCGGAACUCUCUCUCUCUCUCUCUCUCUCUCUCUCUCUCUCUCUCUCUCUCUCUCUCUAUAUCUGUGUAGCUAUUGAUUGAAGCUUUCUUUGAAAUGGCGAUUUCAGAAACUCCGGGGAGCGCAGGCACCACGGCGACGUUUCGGGCCGAAUCGGAUCUCCGCGGCAUGAUUCGGAGGAGGCCGAGCUCCGCCGGAGCCGUGUCGGAUUCGACUCUGUGGACGAACUCUCCCGAGUCCGAGAACUCGCGGAAGGAUUUGCUCGGAGACUCGGUCGGGAACGACGAUAGGGAUCGGAUUGGGGCCGGUGACUGUCCGGUGGAGUCAGCCAAUGCGGAGAACGAGAAGAAGGAGAGCCUCGAGAGGUUUGGAAACGAUGAUGAUCGGCGACUUGAUUUUGCGGAGCUGAAACUCGCGUAUCGGCCGUCGGCUCCUGCUCAUCGGAUAGUGAGAGAGAGUCCCCUGAGCUCCGGCGCAAUCUUCCAACAGAGCCAUGCAGGUCUAUUCAACCUCUGUAUAGUCGUACUUGUUGCUGUAAAUAGCAGGCUCAUCAUUGAGAAUUUGAUGAAGUAUGGUUGGUUAAUCAAAUCCGGUUUUUGGUUUAGUUCAACAGCAUUGCGAGAUUGGCCUCUUCUUAUGUGUUGUCUCACUCUCCCGAUAUUCACGCUUGCGGCUUUUACAAUUGAGAAGCUCGUACAAAAGAAGUAUAUAUCUGAACUUGUUGCUGUUCCUCUUCAUGUGAUUUUUACCACUGCAGCAAUUCUGUAUCCAGUUUUUGUGAUUCUUAGGUGUGAUUCUGCCGUCCUAUCAGGUGUUACAUUGAUGCUCUUUGCUUGUAUUGUGUGGUUAAAACUGGUCUCUUAUGCACAUUCGAACUACGAUUUUAGAGCAGUUGCCAAAGCAAUUGAUAAGGGAGAAGACCCACACAGUUCCCCGAAUGCGGAUUACCAUUACAAUGUUAGCUUCAAAAGUUUGGCAUAUUUCAUGGUUGCUCCAACACUAUGUUACCAGCCGAGCUAUCCUCGUACUGCAUAUAUUCGAAAGGGUUGGGUGUUCCGUCAACUCAUCAAGUUGAUAAUUUUUACAGGAUUCAUGGGAUUUAUCAUAGAGCAGUACAUUAAUCCUAUUGUCAAGAACUCAGAACAUCCUUUGAAGGGAAAUUGUUUGUAUGCCAUAGAGAGGGUUUUGAAGCUAUCAGUUCCAAACCUAUAUGUGUGGCUCUGCAUGUUCUACUGUUUUUUUCACCUGUGGUUAAACAUACUUGCUGAGCUUCUCCGCUUUGGUGAUAGAGAGUUCUACAAGGACUGGUGGAAUGCAAAAACAGUGGAGGAGUAUUGGAAACUGUGGAAUAUGCCUGUUCAUAAAUGGAUGGUUCGCCACAUCUAUUUUCCCUGCUUACGAAACGGAAUACCAAAGGGAGCUGCCGUCUUAAUUGCGUUCCUAGUUUCUGCUGUUUUUCAUGAGCUGUGUAUUGCUGUUCCAUGCCACAUAUUCAAGUUAUGGGCGUUUAUUGGGAUCAUGGUCCAGGUUCCCUUGGUCUUGAUCACAAAUUAUCUGCAAAAUAAGUUCAAAAGCUCAAUGGUGGGGAAUAUGAUAUUCUGGUUCAUUUUCUGCAUUCUGGGUCAACCUAUGUGUGUUCUCUUAUAUUACCAUGACGUGAUGAACCAAAAAGGGAAAACCUAAUAGAUUACAAAGGGACUGAAAUAGAUUACAAAACUCUGUUCUCUUUCACUGUGGAUUGGAUCUCUCUUGGAUCAAAGUUGCCACUGACGUGCCAAACUUUGGAGCAACUUUAUAUCUGCGGCAGCGUGCUGCUUCUGAUGGUUUACCAGCUUCCCGGGCAUAUUUUUCGUCACCAUGUCCAUUGUCCACUUCAAACGAUUUCUACUUCAGUUAAUUCUUUGUUAAUGUACAUAAAACUGAACAUACAUUUCUGAGGUAGAAUGCCUAUGCCACUGACUAAGCAUCACAAUUGUAGGGCACUUGCAUUCUAUCGACUGUUAUGGAGAAAACUUGUACAUGUUUCGGGAUUAAUUCGUGCUAAUAGAAUUCGCCACUCCAUUGUUUCCAUGGAACUGUAAAGUCUACUUGAAUCAUAGCAGAAUUCAUUUGAU